CAAUCAGAUUUGAGUAGGCCGAUUUUAGCAUACGCAGAAGGAGCUCAUCUUUUCGAAAACGUCAAUGUUCAGAAUCUAGUACAGCUGCUGUUGGUUUGAGUUUUGGUUCAGUUGACUUAAUAUUCGCUGUUUCGUUUGUUUGUUUUACGUUUAAGUUUGAAUUUGGAAUAUGCACACCGAGGAAAACGGACCCCCUUCCAAGGAGGACAAAACUGCGGGAAUUCUCUACAUGGAGCGACUUUUUGUGGGCAAUCUGGACAAUGAGAUCACGGAGAGUAUGCUGAAUGCACUUUUUUCACAAUACGGACAUUGCGAGUCUAAAAUAAUCCGCGAGAGGAACGGGACGAGCAAAGGGUACGGGUUCGUGACUUUUAAUGAUGCGAAAAUAGUGCAGUAUCUCGUGGAACUGAGGACGAUAAAGCUACAAAACUGGACACUGAACUUGGGAUUGGCGAUACGGAAAAUAAAGCACCCCGAACAGAUGAACCAGAUGCAGUUCCCUGUCCCCCUCAACCACUUUAACAACGGAUAUAUGCCUCCGGCUCUCCAGUACUUUCCUAACUCUACUCUGGCUCUUGCUAACCCUGGAAACUUGCUCGGUAACCAUGGAAACGCUCCCCCGCUCCUUAGUGCCCCUACUACUCACCUUCCCACUUGGCCUUACGUCCCACAUUUCUUGUAAAUCUGUAAUAUAGUAACCAUGGUAACAGUUUGUAUCAAUUGCUGCGUUUGAAAUGCUGUUGAAAAUUAUUAAAAAAUCUAUGGAGACUGGUUUGGUUGAGAGUUAUCUAAAAUUAGCGCAGCUGUUUUCUUGCAGGGAAAUGAUCCUGCAACAAUUAUUGAUAUACAUACAUCAAUUUGUUAUUUGAUUUAUUUACUGGUAGUUGUCGGAUGUAUGAUUUGUGCUGGAAACAAAUAGCAUUAUCAAUUUCAGUAACACAUAAACGUUUUCGCUGUAAGUUUUAAAUUCACUGUACCAUGGUUCGCACAAAGGUUGCAUUUUAUUAUUUUUGCUGCCGUCCUUUCUUUCCAGCUUACUAAUUUCGAAGAUAUUUGGAAAGUUUGUGUAUGAUAAUAAUCCAUCAUUUGUUUUAAAAUUAACUUAAAAUUGUGUACGGAACAAUUAUAUUGAUAAUUUUCGUUGGUAUAUUUUUCAUGACAAAUUGUUAUCAAUAUGAAUAAGUUGACAAAAUGUUGAAGCAUGGGCUUGAUAUUGUUUUUAUUUGCAAUUAUGUAG